GCAGCCUUUAACAUAGAGAGCUCUACGUAGUUGCUAUUUUCUUGGUAAAGUUCGAUUGAUUUAGAAAAACAAUCAACAUGACAGAUGAUACAUUAAAGUUCACGUUCGGUCUCAUCAACUCUUCCGACAGGUAUUUGACUGCUGAGACCUUCAAUUUUAAAAUUGAUGCGAGCGCAACUGGAAUGAAGCAGAGACAAAUUUGGUGUCUGGAGCAAGAGGCUGAUGGAUCAUGUGUUUAUUUUAAGAGCUGUUUGAAUCGUUAUCUUGGCACUGACAAAUAUGGAAAGGUUCGUUGUGACGAUGAGACUCCUGGCAAAGAAAACGCUUUUCACGUUGAGGCCACAGCUGACGGAAGAUGGGCAAUCAAAUCUGCCGAAUAUGAUCGCUACUUCGGAGGAAGUCCAGACUGUUUGGACUGUUUCGGGAAGGACAUCGACAAUAAUAGACUCUGGAUUGUCCAUCUUGCUAUGCACCCUCAAAUGAACUUGUACAGCUUGACCAGAAAGAAGUUUGCGGCGGUCGAAGGAGACGAACUACAAGUGACUCAACUUACUCCAUGGGGAGUCAAUACCCUCAUCACUCUCGUCUACAGAGAGAGGGGAUACGGACUCAUGACUGCGGAUAACCGAUAUCUUUCAAAAGCUGGCACCCUAGAAGAUUCUUUUGGGCCUAGCACGAGAUUCACUUUGGAGUUUUAUGCCGGGUGUAUCGCAUUUAAAGAUAUGGACGGAAAGUACUUGUCUCCAAUCGGACCCAAGGGAGCGAUCCAAUCCAGGAAAGGUCAAGUGUCAAAAGAUGAGAAGUUUUCAAUGCAGGAUUCUCAUCCACAAUUCCAUCUGAAAUCAAAAACAAGGAACAAAUUCGUCUCAGUCAAGCAAGGUGUCCAAGUUGUCGCAAACCAAGAAGAGCCAUCUGAAGAUAAUACUGAAACCUUCCAGAUGGAAAUCAACCCGGAUACAGGAUUUUGGAGUUUCAGAACCACCAAGGAUAACUACUGGAAAUGCGAUAUGAACAACAACGUGAUGGCCAACAAUCAUAAGAGGGACGAUGACUCCUGGUUCCAGAUUGAGUGGCGGGGAAGAUCAGUUCGGUUGAGGACGGCGUCUGGAAAGUACGUCGCUGUCAAAUCCGGAGGAAACUUGAUCCUGAAGUCUGACGAAAGUGAUGCCGAAGAAUUUGUUCUGACUCUCAUAAAUCGCCCUGUGAUCGUGUUCCGAUGCAUGAAUAGUUUUAUUGGAAUCCACGGAGAGAAAUUGAACGGAAAGAGAGCAAAUUACGACAUCUUCACGAUGGAAGAAAAAGAUGGAGCUUAUGCGUUCAAAGGACGAAACGGCAAGUACUGGGCUCUCACUGGUGAUAGCAGUAUCGCAAUCAAUUCCGCUCACCCAGAAUAUUUCAUCAUUGAAUUGGUAAAGCACAGCAGGCUAAUGAUCCGACCAGAGCAAAGCGACAAGUUCUUAGUAGCUGACAAGGUCACCGGAACAUUGACCGCCAGUGGAUGCCGCGAUGAUGAAGGUGUAUUGUGGGAGUACUAGUGAAUUAUGGGAAAUUUAUGAUGAACAAGCAUGCAAUAUAAUAUUACUUAUCAUUUUUGUCAACAGAUAUUCGAGACAGUAAAAUAUUUUGGAAAAAUAACGUUUUCAUUCGUAUUAUUUCCCCCCCGUCGGAGAUUAGGUAUUAAUUGGUGUCACUCACUCACUAUUCUUUGCUCAAAAUUGGAUUAAAUGCGGAUUCGGCGACUGGGUCUAAAACUCACUUAUAUUGAAAAAUAUUGCUUUAGUCAUCAAUAAAAUAAACUUAUUUUUAUUUGACGUUUUUCUUGGAUUUUGUCAUUUUGUAAAAAGAUUUGAUCAUUCAAUGAGCUAGUUUUUGCAUAUUUCACAUGUACAUUCUGGAUCGUAUGUGACAAGGCCAUUUUUUUUACUAUAGUCGAGAAUUUUACAAUAAAUAAUAUUCCCUCCAUAUCAUAUUGGAAAGAGAAAUUUCGUUAAACAUCGAAAAACAGAGAUAUUCGUGUAUAAUAUAGCCAUAAUUGUAUCAACCAGUAUAUGAAUUCCAUACAAAAGCCAGUGUUCCGAGUUUUCUUUUAUUGUUUUUCAAUUAAAAUUUACGGAUGUCCUUGCAAGUACAUUGGCACUUUUUGUUGUGUAAUUAAUCGCAUUUUAUCAUUCGAAAAGACCGAAUAAUCAUUUUUUCUUUGCAAUCUUCUGUUCCGGAUUUUAGUACAUGCAUUCCUGAGGAAUAACACCUGUAAAAAUAUUUUAUCUCCCUGUAUUGUCGGAUAUUUUAUCAAGUAUUAUUCGUUUUUUUAUUCGGAAAUAUUAUUUUAUUUUUGAUCAUAUAUUGGCACAGCAUGCAAUUAUUACGUUAUAACUUCUCCAGAUUUGGCCGUCAUGUUGCAAUUAGAUACAUUUCUGAAGCGUAUGACAUCAUCACAUGAUAUGAAUGAUGACGUCACCAACAUGUUCAUUUUUUAUAUUUCAUCAAUUUGUUGUAUUUUUAAAACGUAAAUAUUUAUAAGGAAGCCGAUUCAGCAUAUGAGAAUGUAGAAGACAUGGGUUCAACGUUCCAUCCCAUUUGUUAAUUUUUAUCUUUCAACUUAUCAGAAUUACACAUUUAUCUAAUCAGUCAAUAGAUUACGAAAUAGAUAUGCUUGAUUGGGAUCAAAUAAAUUGUUGUUUUUGAUAACGAUUCCAUUGUCUUAACGAUACUACCAUCCCUGUCAUGUGUCCAUUCCUAUGUUAUUAUUUGAUGUGUAUUCGUACUAUUCUUACAUAAUUACGAGCAAUAAAUAGAGCCAGAGAGAGUG